CUUGCACAACUUUACAUACCUACUUAGCAAUGGAUCUCUGGUGGUUUCUAAUUUCCGUGAUCUCAACUCUCGUUGGAGCACUAUUGAUACACCAUUUCUUCCGUAUUGAAACAUCCCAGAUCCAGCGCGAAGCGACAGCUGAUAAACCCUCACACCCUGAUCUUCUACAGACCUUACCAGAACCUAUUCUCCUGCUCAAAAAUAGGUUAGCAGAAGCUCUUCCAGGAUGUGUCAUCUCUGCUUCUGAAACAGCCACAUUCACACAGGCCAUAAACGCGUACUGGGCUCAACAAGAAUGCGAGGUCGUUCCUGCAUGCGUUGUGCAGCCUCACCGUGCGCAGGAACUGUCGCAAGCAGUUAUAAUCUUGAAAAACGGGUUCGAUCAAUUCAGAAGAGAAAGUACUAGCACCAACAGCCACGCUAAUGGAUUGUUUGCUGUUCGAGGUGGUGGUCACUCUCCAGUCGCGGGCGCCGCAAGCAUUGCGAAUGGCGUACUUAUUGACCUGGGUCGCUUCAAUGAAGUUACACCAUCUCCAGAUGGAACGAGUGUACGAAUCGGAGCUGGGUGCAGAUGGAUAAAUGUCACUCAGGUACUGGAAAAGAAGGGACUUGCUGUAGCUGGGGGCAGAAACUCGGCUGUUGGGGUAGGAGGCCUUACAUUGGGCGGAGGCUUAUCGUUCUUGUCACCGCGCUGUGGUUUCGUUUGCUCGAACAUCAUAGAGUAUGAGGUCGUACUUGCGGACGGCUCGCUGGUUGUUGCGUCUUCGAUAAACAACCCCGACUUAUGGCGCGCACUCAAAGGUGGUUCAAACAAUUUCGGUAUUGUGACAAGCUUCACCGCACGUAGCUUCCCUCUUCCUCAGAUUUGGGCCGGCUUUCUUUACAUUCCAUCUUUCGAAGCAUCAAAUGUACUUUCUGCAUUCCACGAUUUUCUCAACCGAACCGUAACGAACGACGUAGGCCAGACAUACAAUGAACAUGCGGGUGGUCCGUUGACUUCAUUCACCUAUCUUCACCAACUUGGUAUACAGGCCAUUGUCAUCAACUUGGUGCACACCCAGGCUCCUACAAUUGGCAGGAAAUGGCCAGCGUGUUGGCAAAAUUCAAAGUUCGCAUCCCUCUGGCGGUUCUGGAGUACUUGCAAGUUGCGCAGUCUCACAGACGCAACAGACGAGUUGAGCGCGCUCGAUCCUCCUGGUCAACGUCAACUCUUCGCCACGACAACAAUUAAGAACGAUCCCGCGACCCUUCAAGCUGCACAUGACGCAUUUCGAAAAUCCAUCGUUUCCAUCCGAAAACGCAAUAUCAAAGGCAUGUCAUGGUCACUUGUGCUUCAACCGCUGAUCCCGGAAUGGGCACGCAAGGGCGACCCGAAUUCACUCGGGCUCGAUACUUGUGACGAUGAACCACUUGUUGUGGUUGGUUUCAUGGUUCACUGGACGUUGCGUCAAGACGAUGUGUCGGCGGAAACCAUCACUCGUUGUGCAAUUGAACAGAUUGAGACAUUCGCUACUGCACAUGGGACAAACCACCGAUAUCGCUAUCUCAAUUACUGUGGCAAGUGGCAAAAGCCAUUUGAUGGCUACGGGGAAGAAAAUCUGACAUUCUUGAAGCAAGUGAGUCGGAAAUACGAUCCAGACGGCUUGUUCCAGAUUGGCUGUUCGGGCGGCUUCAAGCUCGGAUUGUAAAGAGAAUCCGCGGAAGUCAAGUGAGAUGCCCAACCGCCCUAAUGCUAUUUCCACAUAGAACUCGUAGACUCACCACUACACUGCAUCGGAAACUACUCUAUAUCUAACUCUGUUUGAAUUUCCUCCGUCUCUUGGUCUUCGAGCCGUUUAUUAGCGAGACUACUUUGGCACCGAAACUAUAUUUGUGUUUA